GUGCCAGGGCCUCAGCACCCUCUCAGCCAACCACUUCUCCCCAGUAUCCCAUCUAAGCCCACUCUCUGGCAGUGGGAAGCCAUUCCCCCUGGUCCUGGAACUCCAGUUCCCGAUGAAGAGUCCCUCUCCAGCUUCCUUGUACAGCCCUUUCAGACACUGGAAGUUUGCUCCUGGUUUCCCCAGACUUGAGGCAUUUCAGGCACUUCAGCUUCAGGACUACAGGACGCUUGUGGUCUCAAGGCUGUGAUGGUGAGCCCUGCCCUUCCUUGCCAGUUUGGUGGUGCCAAAGCUGCAAAACCAGUGGAGGGACCAGCAGUGUGCCUGUGCUCCCAGUACUCCCCCUGUUGACUCGCAGGCAUGGGAAGGAGCAGUCUGUUCUUCCAUGCAGAGCAGAACACUGCUCUCCCAGAAACCAAGCAGGGGAGGAGGAUUUCAAGUCCAGCCAUACUCUGACACGAGCUAAAUUAAAUUAAGCUAAAUGAAGGCUGCACUCGAAUGUGUAACUCGAGUUUCACAUUUCCCAAGUGCCCAAACUCAGGUGCUUGACAUUCUCAGGGGUUUUCCUGCAAACCUGAUCAAUGCUCACGAAAUGCACCAUAAACAUCCCAGAUACAAAUAAUUUAGGCAUAAAGCGUUCAGAUUUGCCAGGCAAAGGAUUCCAAAGGUUUGAUUGUCUGAGUGGUUUAGCUGGUGUUUGUGAAAGAUGCUGUAACAGCAGUAGUCGUAUCAGGCAUUUGAUACCUUGAAUCUGAAAAUGCAGCUUUUCCCCACCCAAAAUAAGGAGGAAAAAGAAGCUUAAAAUGUGGGGUUUGUAAAUCGUAAGAGGAGCAGUGUAUGCAGAGAACAAAUAACUUCACAAAACAGAUCUACAUUUUAAAUACAGGAUGAAUUCCAGUAGAGCUUUUUGCAAGGGCUGCUGAUGAACACCAGGCCUUUCAACACAGAGGAAAAAAUCUCUAAAGCCACCCCUCAUUUAUGCACUGAUCACAAUAAAUACAUAAAUAAAUAAAAAAUUAAAUAAAAAUAUGAAGUUGCAUCAUCAUCGAUAGCCCAGGAAACAAAAGCUUGUUAGUUGUGUGCUGGGGCCACUGAAUUACCUUCCUGCCAUCAGCAGCCUGACUGACAGCUUCCAAAACGGUCUUGGGGAUCAAAAAUUACAGCCAGAAGGGAAGGCAAAGGCUGUGAGAGCCUUAAUGAGGGAAAAAGGCACAGAAAACCCUCUUAUUUUAAUUAAAUAAAACGUAAAAAUGAGAAAAGCCAUUGAAAUGGGUGAGUUUACUCAAGGACGUAGGGGAAGUCGUGUGACUGUGUGGCGAGGGGCUGAAAAGAUGAUGUUCUUCAGGGAUAACGCAGACUCCGACCCAGCCAGAGUUUAUGGAUAAGGUCAGAUUUGUAAGGUCGUGCUUAAGGAUUCACAGCCCAUCACCGCAGCAUCCGUGCACCUCUCCAUGGGAACACAACGCUCCCCUGUCAUUUCCUAGCAGUCCCACGGGAAAAGAGUCAGGAAAGCACUUGAGCCAGCCAGAAACCCAAUUCUCCGCCUAGCAAUCUAUUUACAGAGCGAUUUAUUACAGCGCUUGGUUAUCGACUGAGCGAGACACCGCGCCGGUUUCCCUCCCGUAGCAGCAAAUCUCCUUCCUCUGCCGCUACGUGAUUAUUUUUUUGAUCCGCCGAUGGGCAGGGACCGCGCUGCAGCGCGGGAUGGGAAAGCCAUGAUUUCUGCUGAGCUCACGCUGCCCACUUGAUCAACCUCGGCUUGCUUUGGGCAAAGGAAAACGUAAAUGGAGGAGGAGGAAGCCGAUCGAGAAGCAGAAGGGCGGCCAAACGCCUGGCUCCGAACUCACGGCAGGUCCUAGCGCAGGUCACGUCGGAGGGGUUUAUAAUUUUUUGGGAUAAAGCAAAGGCCGUUUUGGCUACGUUUAGGAAAAUUCCAGAAAGAAAUAUCGACUCUUCUAAGCUGCGGAGGAGCAGUGCUCCCACAGGGGUCCGGCGUGCCGGGGUGGGAAUUGCCGUGAAGUCCAGCACCGUGCCAAGCAAACCCAGGUCCUUCAGGCAAGCUGCAUUCCCUGCCCGUGCUUCCUGCUGCUCCCUGGAUUAGACCCUCUCUGUGGGAGGUGAGAGCUCUGGCGGCGGCCCGGAGCAGCGCAGGAUGGAUCCCGUGGUUCUCAGCUACGUGGACAGCCUGCUGAGGCGGUCGGACGUGGCGCUGCUGGAGCCCCCGAACUGGCUCAACGACCGCAUCAUCGGCUUCGCCUUCGAGUACUUCGCCAACCAGCAGUUCCAGGAGUUCAGCCACCGCGUUUGUUUCAUCAGCCCCGAGGUGGCCCAGUUCAUCAAGUGUGCCCUUAGUCAGGAAGAAAUAGCCAUAUUCCUCCAGCCCCUGGACCUUCUCUGCAAGGAGCUGCUGUUCCUGCCUAUCAAUGACAACUCCAGCCAGGCCGCUGGGGGCACCCACUGGAGCUUACUGGUUUAUUUCAGGGACAAGAAGUGCUUCGCCCAUUACGAUUCCCACAGUAAAUGCAACUCUGCCCACGCCAAGCAAGUGGCAGGGAAACUGGAGGCCUUUCUAGGAAAAAAAGGGGGCAAAGCCACCUUUGUGGAGGAGAAGGCACCGGCACAGCAGAACAGCUACGACUGUGGGAUGUAUGUGAUCUGCAACGCCGAGGCUCUGUGCCACGGGUACUUCCAGGGCCGGAUGGAGUCUCUGCUGCAGCUCCUCACCCCCUCCUACAUCACGCAGAAGAGGUCAGAGUGGAAAGCUCUCAUCACGAAACUGGCACAGAAGUGAUGGGGAUGCACCUCCAGCCCCCCAGAAACUGCCUUCCCAGUCCAAGAGGCAGCACCCCCAGUGCCUGAGGGAGAUGCCCAUGCACAGGAUUGUCCCAAAGAAAAAGAAUGUAACCCCUCUAGCAUGGCUACACCCCCCAAACACCCCAUUCCCUUCAGGAAAAGCCUUAUUCUCCUCUCAAAAUCACCGGCCUUUCAACUUCUAAUGACAAGAGUCACUUUGCUUUCAAAGAAACCCUCUCCAUGGUAAAUUUUUACAGUAAUUGCUGUGGCAGAACAGGUUGCUAAAGAGACUUCUCCACCUGUGCCCAGCAGGCAACACACUCUCAUUAGGUGGCUUUAGCUGGCUCCAGGCAUUGUCCUUCCAAGCCAGGUUUAGAAAUGCUCUUUAAACCCAAGCCCCCGAGUGCUUUAUCAUAGACAGUUCUAAUUUGUGCCUCCUGCUAAUGGUAUUGGAGAAAUGUGGGAUUUAGAAGCCAGGAUUUUGUACCCCUGAAAUUGAAACAUUGAGAUGUCACUGCAAAAAGAUGAGACUGCAAAGGAAAUGCUACAAUUAACUUAAGAACAGGGCAAAAUCAAAGUCAUUUUUCAUCAGCCAGGUGCUCCUCAGCCACACAGCGAUGGCAUUUUUUGGUCCCCCGCCCCUGCUUGUUCUUAUUGCAAAUUAAAACCCGACUCUGAACUGCUGGAAAAUUAAUAGGAAGCUGAGAAAGCCAAUCCUAGGAAAAGAAACUUAAUUGAGAUGAAAAGCAACACUCACUCUUUGAAGUUUGGUGUUUUUCAUUAGGAUUUUAGGUCGUCUCUGUGCAGGGAGGGUUUGUCAGUGCUCCCCAACCCUUGUUAGCGGUUGCUGCUCAUAACACAAAACCAGUUCUGUUACUUGAGAGAGAAAAAAAAAAAACACACUAGGGAGAACAAAAGGACAGAGUUUGAGGUAUAAAAGCCAAAGAUAACUGCGGGCUCCUUGAAGUCCUUAAUGCACUUCAGAAAACUGAAACACUUCUCUUCCCGUGCUGGAUGAUGGCUGGGAUCCCAGAGUGGAUCCUCUCCUUAAAGACAGGCUUAGCAGUGUGGAAAAUAAAAAUUAAAGUGAGGUGUCAUUGCAGGAUAAGGAAUAAUCUCUCACCUGGUGAGAAGCAAACAGCAGGUUGCUCAGGUGGUGUCUAGCAGAGCAACCACGCCCCUACCUGAGAAGGGAAAUCCGGGUUAAAUACAGCCCUUGAGGAAGGAUUGUUUUUAACCUGGAACUCUUCACCACCGGUGUGUGCAGCAGCACAGCACAGAGGGGAUGGAGGGCUUCACCUUCCCUUGCUCCACGUGAAUGUCAAGAAAUCAGCCCAGGCUGCCCCAAAACAGCCUCAUGGCAGCACCGGGGCCUGACAAGGGUUGGGGCCGUUCCCCUCCCUCCUAACACUGCCUGGACAGGAGAGCAGCCUCCAGCACCAGCCCUCCCUGGAAAAUCCACUCAGCUGGAGCCAGAACGGGAUCCAGCUGCUCGCUGGAGGGGAUUCCCUUCGGACUCUGAGGGGCUUUGCAAGAGCAACAUCACUGCCACUCCCAAAUCCCAAAUAAAACCCAGACCAAACUGUG